AUGGCGCCCGAGAUCGAUCCCGCUCCCCGUUUCGGUCCAGAUCCCCUCGGGGUGAGAAACGUCGUCGAGACGACGAUGAAGACCACAGCCAUCGACGUGACCCUAGACGAUUCAAGGUCCAUUAUGAGGAACAGCGACAAAGCCGUCAUGCUUAUCAGGGAGAACGGGAAUAUGGCCACAAUCGGGGAUACUAUGAUCGAGAUGGAGAUCCGUCAGCGAGGGACAGACACAGCCGAUCGGGUCAAGAGUCCUCUACCCACCACUCAGAUCGGCUGCCCCGCGAUCGAAGCCGCUCACCCGCACGGAGGAGCAGAGGAAACGAUUAUUCGCACCACGAUUAUCGACGGGAUGAGCGACGGGCUACCUUCCGCGAAGCACCAGCUGCGACUGCCAAUGGAACCGCGUCAAGUGGAAGGUCGGGACAGAAUCGGCAUCCAGGGCGUGGUGGUGCGAAAGGCAUACCUGACAGAGGCCAUGCUUCUUCAAUUAACACAGCUACUCCCAACUCCACUCCAAGCGCGAGACCUGGUCGGGCGAAAACCCACGGGUGAUACCCUCUCGAAUGGCGACAGCGUGUCCACUGGUCCUUCAGCGUUAACUGUGGGUUCCGAGGACCAGGAACUAACGACAGACCUAAGUCCCGUCGACGAAGCCACUUUGAUUGAAGAGCGUCGAAAACGCAGGGAGGCCAUUAAAGCGAAAUACAAGAAUCAAUCAGCGAAGCCCUUACUAGUCCAGGCUCUUGAGCAUAGCGGCGAAGUCACCACCCCUGAAGCCUACGAUCCGACGAGAUCAGUCACCGUGUCGGAGAGCGUGACUCCCCUCCUUUCCCCGAAUUCCCCCCAAGCCGUCGAUUCUCCUGGCUCUCAAGCCGAUUCGUUCGAUGAAGGCAACGCCCCAAAGCUGGAGCGCGCCGAGCCUCGUCUCGCCAUACCCGGGGUCUCUGCAGCUGAUUAUGAUCCCACAGCAGACCAAAAGGCAGACCUGGCUCGCGAUGAACAUCAGCAUCAUGUCCACGAUGAAAGUCGAACGGCGAAGUCUGUAGCAGAGCUACCCCCGGUCGAAGAUCCAGCCACGGCUUCCAUCUCGUCUCCGACUGGCCCCAAAGUACCCGAUAUGUUUUCCGAAAGUUUUGAGGAUGACAUCCAGGUUGAAGACUCGAAUAAGCCCAUUGUUCGUCAGGACCUGGACGCUGGGUUGGCCCGAGAGCAGGAUGACUCGGAGGGUUUCUUUAGGCCCAUAAUCCACGAGAUCGUUAACGAACGAUAUCAGAUCAUUGAGAAUCUGGGCAGCGGCGUAUUUGCAAACGUGGUUCGAGCCAAAGACAUCCCCACUAGCAAAAUCGUGGUCCUCAAGAUCAUCCGCAACAACGACGAGAUCAAGAAAGGCGGACUCAAGGAGAUUUCGGUUGUGAAGACGCUAAAUGAGGCGGAUCCCGAGGAUCGAAAGCAUAUCCUUCGGUUCGUCGAUUCAUUCGAGCAUAAGUAUCAUCUGUGGCUGGUCUACGAGAACAUGGACAUGGACUUCAGGCAAUUGCUCAAGAAAAUUGGCAAUAACUCCGGCCUUCACAUCACCGGAGUACGUCAGUUUGCGAGACAGGUCUUCCUCGCACUCUCUCACCUCAAGAAGUGCAACAUCAUCCAUGCCGAUAUCAAACCAGACAAUAUCCUAGUGGAUCACGCGCAUAAGAAUAUCAAACUUGCGGACUUUGGCACGUCGAUGGAAAAGGAGGAAGCCGAGAUUACCAGCUACCUCGCAAGUCGAUAUUAUCGCGCACCCGAAGUCGUCCUUGGCCUCCCCUUUGACUUCGCCAUCGACAUGUGGGCGGCGGGCUGUACACUCUUUGAGUUGUAUACAGGAAAGAUCCUGUUCGAUGGCAGGACCAACAACAACCAGCUACUCAAGUUCAUGGAGUGUCGCGGGAAGUUUCCGAAGUGGAUGGUUCGCGACGGUCGCUUCGGGAAUGACCAUUUCGAACAUGAUCACAUCACAUUCAUCGCUCUGCAGCAAGACCGGACCACUCAGCAGUACUAUGAGAAGCGUAUGGCCAUCAGCAAGCCGGAAAUCGACUUGGCGACUCGAGUGAAGAUGGCGGUCCCUAUUCCGCCCGGUGAGGACGCGCGGUUGCACCGUAAUUUCAUGGAUUUGUUGGACCAGUGCCUCAAGCUCGACCCGACGCAGCGUAUCAACCCUCAUGAUGCUUUAAAGCAUCCCUUUUUCAUGAGGCAUGGCUGA